GUAACAAUGUGGUUAGCUAGUGUUCUUCUUUGAUCAUCUUCUCUUCUCUGUUAGUUUUUUUUUUGUUUAUCAUUAAUCACCUCUUUUUUUCUUCGUUAAUGGAUUGAUUUAAUUAAGCUAGUGGCGGAAAUUCUGCAGUUUUUUUAAUGUUUGCAGGAGAAGAGGGAAGGGAGCAUGGAAUCUGUAUGUGAUUUUUGUGGAGUGGAAAAGGCAGUAGUUUAUUGUAAACCAGACUCCGCAAAGCUGUGCGUGCACUGUGAUGGAUGCGUGCAUUCGGCUAACUUUUUGUCGCGGAGGCAUCGGCGUUCGCUGCUAUGUGAUAAGUGCAGUUCACUGCCUGCAGUGGCGCGGUGCUUAGAUGAAAAGUUGUCUAUUUGUCAAGGAUGUGAUUGCAGUGCAAAUGGAUGUUCAAGCUUGGGGCAUCAGCUUCGGGUGCUGAAUUGUUAUACAGGGUGUUAUUCCCUGGCUGAGUUUUCGAAGAUUUGGUCGUCGGUUCUUGAGGGAUCUUCUUCAGGAGGCUUUGAUUCAGGAUGGGAUUCACUCAAUUCUGCGCCAAUAAAUGAGAAUUGCAUUAGUAGUUGCUUGGAACAAAGGGAUAAUGAGGGGUCAUUCGGCUUGUUUACUGGAAAGUUGAAUGAACUAGAAUCUUGUUCCAAGCUUGAGCCUUGGAGGGGGCCGCCGAGCAUCAUCAUGCCGAAUCCAAAUUACAUUCCUUGUUGUAGAGAUCAGGUGCCUAUGUUUCCAGAAGUGACAAAUCUGCCGAAGGGUUGCUCCAUCUUUAAGGAUAUUGAACUUCCGGAUGGUGAAGAUCUCUGUGAAGGCCUCAACUUGGACGAUAUACCAUUGGACUUUGAAAACAGUGACGAAAUAUUUAGUUGUUCAGAAACUCAAAGCAAAUAUCAGUUUGGGGAUGUAGGAAAAGACUGCAUGUUAAUGGAGAAAAACUUAUCAGUUACCGGGUCUAAUGGCCCUAUCGAGAAUACUAUAGAGGUGUCAUCAUCGGGACAACUGGAAUGUGCUGCUUUCCAAUCAUCCUGUGUUUCUGGGCCAGCUAGCGCAAUGCAGACCAUAAGUGGUAAUGCUAAUUGCAGCAUAUUUACGAAUCCCAGUUGCUGCAAAAACCUCAAUCUAGGAUUCCCUGCUGUUUCUGGACAAGUUCAUUCAAGCAUGUCUCUUCCACUAUCCAACAUAAUUGGUGAAAGUAGUGCAGCUGAUUAUCAAGAUUGCGGAUUAUCACCACUAUUUCUGACUGGUGAAUCACCAUGGGAGUCGCAUUUGGAUGCUAGCUCGCCACAGGCAAGAGACAAGGCUAAGAUGAGAUACAAUGAAAAGAAGAAGACGCGAACUUUCAGCAAGCAAAUCAGAUAUGCCUCUCGUAAAGCCAGGGCUGAUACUCGAAAACGAGUAAAAGGUAGAUUUGUUAAAGCUGGGGAAGCAUAUGAUUAUGAUCCUCUUCUGUCAAGCAACUUCUGAGCCAGAUUACCGAAUCUUUUAUCCCUUUCCUUACAAGAGAAUACUGAAAAGUAAAUAACAAGAUCUUUGGCACUAGUAUACCCCUGGAUUGUUUGAGUUGGAAAAGUAGAUCACAUUUCUUGGCAGCAAGUGAACUGCUUCAACCAUCAUUUUUCUCAAAGAUACUUCUACUGGAGAUCCUCUCUAGCCUGUCGCCACCACCUCCACCAUCUUGCCGUAGGGCAACAGCCUUAUUGGCAGUCAAUUUUGGCCGUUGUAGAUGCAUAUUAUCUCCUAGUUUCUCUAUUCAAUUUAAUAAAUUUUGAUCCAAUUAUAUAUAGUUGUUAGGUUCAAAUAAAACCUGAACCUCAAUUUAUCAGAAUAAUAAAUGUCAAUUUCUACUUCUUUUGUUGCUCA